AUGGUUGGGACGAGCUCUACACCUGAUCGUUGUUCGAUUCGCUCCGCGAAUCAGGCCACGACAUGCUCCUAUCGGCAUGCCCCCCGCCCCCCCGACGAGAAAUUCGAGGCAAGCGACCUCGAUGUAGAACCCAUCUGGCGGGGCGUGCCGUGUCAGUAUGACAGCUGCCGCGGGAUCCAUGGCGCCUAUGGUGCUGAUAACGUCGAUCCGCAGCUGAACCAGCCCGCCCGCUACGGAAUCGCCGUCUUCCGCCCCGAGGUGUGGAACGGCUCCGUGCCUGAGCUUGUGGCCGCGGGCCCGACCGUCCUCAACCACCUCACCUACGACACGUUAUACUCGGGCUCGGCGAACGCGGCCAAGUUCACGGUCUACCUCAACGUGGACAUACCGGAUACCGAGUCCUUGGACGAGCAGUACCACUUCACGGGCAUCAAAGAGUUCAGGUUUGUCCUUAGCUGCGUCGACCCCAGGCACGACAACGAUUACGACGUCAAGAUCGAUUUCUGCGAUGAUAUGAGCCUCCCCGCUGAGUCCGACGUCACCCCCCAGAGCAACCGCCAAGUCGCCGUCAGCGUCGGCGACACCAGGGCAGGACGCUUCACCGCCCCCCGCUCGAGGCAAGAGGCUAUACUCCGAAAGCUAAGACCAGUCAUAAGCUGCAUACACCGGGGCGAUCCCGACCCCGGCGCUGAUGGCGGUGCGCCAUAA